UUUACGUCUCAAACCUCCCUCCUCCUCCCUCUCUCCUAUCUCUCGUCCCCUUACACCCCUUUUCCCCCCUCUUCGGCCGCGCCCCCAGCCCAGUUCCAUGGCAACAGACAGACAGACCCCACCUACCCGGCACCUCUCAGUCCCGCCUCCAACUCUCUACACUUCUGUGCGGUCUGUCCCUCUGAGACCCAGACUUCAUUCUCCAAACGGCCACAGAGUGGUGCCCCCGAGACACAGCCCCGCCAUGCGACCAUUUGCUGCUGCUGCUGCCCAUCAGGCCCUACCCAGCAGACAGUGUACAGUUCCAGCCACCAGUCUGUCAUCUCAAAGCCCGCCCACACAGUCCACCCCUGGCCAAUCGCAGCUCAACUCAGGCUCUAGGCCCCUUCCCUUGGGUUCUUCCUGUUUUGAUCGGUUACCGCCGGCAUCAAGGCAGCUGCAAAUGAUUGCCCUCUCCGCUGGCUCCACCAGCCGCUUCAGCAGCCAAACACGGCCUGCGGCCAACACACACACCCCACCUUCUGUCCAAUCAAAGUGUCUGGUUCUUGAGUCCCCACCUCCUCAGCUCGAUGCCCAACCACAGAGGACUUCUGACCACGCCUCUCCCCCUCCCACCCCCUCCAUCCACAAAGCCAACUCACCCCUACCAUACCCCCAUUAUCAGGCCAGACACAUUCAGUCAAAAGGAGAAGUGGGUAGACAGGGGGUAAGGGAGGAGAGAGAGCGGGUGGGGGGAGAGGAAGUAAAGAUGGGGGAAAUUGAAGAGGGGCAGAGCGAUAAAGAGAGGGUGGCAGGAGAGAGAAUGGUAACAGGAGAGGAAAAAGGGAUUGUUGAGAAGAGAGCGGAGAGGGUGGGAGAGAAGGAGGACCAGAGAGAUAGAGAG